CCCUUCUCAGGGGACCAGUCAGGAACCAACGAGAGGGCCGAGCUUCCUAGCCGCCCAGAGGGGCCGGAAGCCAAUUGGACAGCUGGCGCGGGUUUCGAGGCCUGUUUCCGGCGUCGUCGCACGCUCGGGGCUCCCGGCGGUCCUGCGGGAGGACUGAGCUUCGUGAAGGCAGAGCCCUUGUACAUUGCUCACUGCUGCAUCCUGUUGCCUGGUUGAGCACCUGGCACAAGUGGCAUCCACCCCGGAAGUGUCCGUGGAGUGAUUCACAACCACCACACGCUCUGAAAGAUCUGAAAGAUGAAUGAAGCCUCGGGGGACAUAUGCUCAAGUACUGUGUCUGCUUUGGUUUCCCCCUGUGUCCCAGCCAGAGACUACCGGGAAAUGGAGGUUUCUCGGCCAGGACACAUGGAUACUCACCCACCAAGCCUCAUGGUAGGAGUCUGACUGCCUCAAUUCCCGCACUCUUCUUAUGAGGGUUCUGCCACUUCCUCUGGGUAUCCACUCUGUCCAUUGUGCCUGGGCCUAGAUCAUGCAAUAGCCUCUUGCUGUGGCCCAUCCCCAAGGAAAUGAGCAAACCACUGCCAGGACUCGGGCCUGCCUGAGGCUCUCCAGUGGAGGGUUGUAGGUCCAUGGCCUGGGUCCCUUCCCUCCUCCAUACUGCCCCUGUCCUUGAUUUUAGAGCCAAAGUCUCCUGGUGACUGUCUUGCCCAACCCUGUGGUCCACAUUUCUGAGACACACCGUGAGGUGGCCCCAGAAUAGGGCUGGUACCCAGCAGUCCCUGGGGUGCUGGUUUGUGCCCUUUCAGGAGGCUGUGACAUUUGGUGAUGUGGCUGUGCACUUCUCACGGGAGGAGUGGCAGUGCCUGGACCCUGGCCAGAGGGCCCUCUACAAGGAGGUGAUGCUGGAGAACCACAGCAGUGUGGCCGGACUAGGAUUUCUGCUUUUCAAGCCUGAGCUGAUCUCCCGGCUGGAGCAAGGGCAAGAGCCAUGGGUCCUUGACCUGCAGGGAACAGAGGCGAGAGAGGCACGAAGGACCCUCCAGACAGAUUCUCCAAUAAGCACUGAUGGUGAGCAGGCUGGUGAAGAUGUGCACUUGCUAAAAUCGGAGUCCCUGACAGCGAUGGUCAGAAUCACCCCUUGGGAUUAUGCUCAGAGUCCUGGAUUUGGAGACACCUCUGAUCCCGAGGUCUGGCCAGAGAGUAAGCUAAGCUCUCUCUUUCAGAAACACCACUUGCACUCAGGGACUGUGGCUUCCAGAAAGACCUCUGCCAAGGAGGAUAAGCAGGGACAUGUCAGCCUGGGUUGUCAACCUGAGAAAAGUCAGGAGGUUGCUGUAGACGGGCCAUCUCGAAGAUGCGAUGUGUGUGGCAGCAGUUUCAGAUUCAUGGCUCUGCCUCACUUCGGUGUACAAAAGAAAUGUAACAGAUGUCAGGAGUGUGAGAAAAAGUUGUCUGAUUGCUUUAAGGGGAAACAUCAAAGUAACUGCCAUGGAGAAAAGCCAUAUGAGUGUGCGGAAUGUGGGAAACUCUUCAGGUUGUGCUCACAGCUUAAUCAGCAUCAGAGAAUCCACACUGGCGAGAAACCAUUCAAAUGCAUAGAGUGUGGGAAAGCCUUUCGCCUGAGCUCAAAACUUAUUCAACAUCAAAGAAUUCAUACUGGAGAGAAACCCUACAGGUGUGAGGAAUGUGGGAAAGCCUUUGGUCAGAGCUCCAGCCUCAUCCACCAUCAGAGGGUACACACAGGAGAGAGGCCCUAUGGCUGUCGUGAGUGUGGGAAGGCCUUCAGCCAGCAGUCUCAGCUGGUCAGACACCAGAGGACUCACACUGGAGAGAGGCCCUACUCAUGCCAGGAGUGUGGAAAGGCCUUCAGCCAGAGUUCAACUCUGGCUCAGCACCAGCUGAUGCACACUGGGGAGAAGCCUUCAGUUCCAAAAACCCUGGAUGGUGCCAGCCUCGUUGCACACCAGAGAAUCCACGCUGCAGAGAAGCCGUUUAAAUGUGAUGAGUGUGGGAAGGCUUUUAGGUGGGUCUCUCGGCUUAGUCAGCACCAGCUGAUUCACACUGGAGAGAAACCAUAUAAAUGCAACAAAUGUGCAAAAGCCUUCGGUUGUAGCUCACGGCUUAUUCGACACCAAAGAACUCACACUGGAGAAAAACCUUUCAAAUGUGAUGAGUGUGGGAAGGGCUUUGUCCAGGGCUCACACCUGAUUCAGCACCAGAGAAUUCACACCGGAGAGAAACCCUAUGAGUGUAGUGAUUGUGGAAAAGCCUUCAGCCAGAGUUCAAGCCUCAUUUACCAUCAGAGAAUCCACAAGGGAGAGAAACCCUACGAGUGCUUGGAAUGUGGAAAAGCCUUCAGUAUGAGCACACAGCUCACAAUUCAUCAGAGGGUUCACACUGGGGAGAGACCCUAUAAAUGUGGUGACUGCGGGAAAGCCUUUAGUCAGAACUCAACCCUUUUCCAACACCAGAUAAUUCAUGCUGGAGUAAAGCCCUAUGGAUGCAAUGAGUGUGGGAAAGCCUUUAGUCGAAGUUCAUACCUUAUUGAGCACCAGAGGAUUCACACACGUGCCCAAUGGUACCAUGAAUAUGGGGGCACUCUGGAGGGUUCUACUCAUGUGAGCCGUAAAAAAGUUAACACUGUAAAGAAACUACACAAGUGUAAUGAAUGUGAGAAAAUAUUCAGAUGGCGCUCUCAUCUCAUUAUACAUCAGAGGAUUCACACUGGAGAGAAGCCUUAUAAAUGUAAUGAAUGUGGCAAAGCCUUUAAUCGGAGCUCAAGGCUCACUCAGCAUCAGAAGAUUCAUAUGGGAUAGACCACUCACCUCUUUGUGUGUAAGUGGGAAUAAACCCAGCCUUAACCUACUUAAAUUAUAUGGGAUCAUUGAUACUAACAAGCUAGGAAGUAGACUCAGAAUUGCUCUUUAAAAGUAUCCAAGUUCAUACAAAUGUGUUUAUUGCUGGGAAUCUGAUCUUAACCCAAUCCAUAACCCAGUGUCCCUUGCGUCAGGGGAGUCCUGUGUAGAGUUCUGAGUGUGCACAGGGAUGACCCAGGUUCUGCAGCUGAUGCCUGAAGUACUAUGAGCUCUGCCAGAUGAGAAUCUCAGUUUCUUCAGCACCAGUAUGCUCAGACUGGCUUAAGCAAGGAUGUGUGAGCGUGCAUGUGCUGAAAUCAGAAGAGGAGUAUUUGGAAUUACCUUCUGCCUUCACCUGACUCCUUUAAACCUUUUCCCCAAUUAGCAACCCAGGGAUGCAGCCACCUAGGGUCAACGUGAGUUUUCAUAUGGUCCAAGCCACUAUGAUUAUUCUGACUGACAGGCUGGGCCCAUGUUCAUUCACUUUCUCUCUCAGAGCAGUUUCUGCCAUGGAGGACACUGGAUGAGAUAGACCUGCUGCACUGACCCCCUCCCUGUCCAGUGUCCUGGAUUCAAAAGUUGGGAGGGAGUCCAGAGACCAGGGGUCCACUUGCGACUGCUGACCUUUGGUACCACAAUCGGAGGGGCAAUAUUUGAGAUGCUUUCAUUGCACAGUGGAGGAGCCAUUUCUUCCAUAUGUGUACAGGUAUCCCAGAGAGGGACAGGUUAGUCACUUCAGGAUUUGUUGUGACACUUAAUUUGGGUCACUACACUGGUUUGGUCAAGCCCACAGCAGGUCCCCAAGACCUUACCACUUCUAUUGUCAUGCAUGGCAUAGCCUGUAGCAGGCUAUGGAUUUGAGUCAAGUGGGAAAAAAUGCUUGCUGGUUCCCAUGUUUGUAUUAGGAAGUUUCUCGAGCUUUCUUCAGUUGUUGGGAGCAGUGGACUUUGAGGUGGUUGAGUUUAUGCGAGUUUGUGUUUCCAGCACAUGGGUGGAGCCAGUCAGCCUGAUUAUCAACUGCUACUGCUUAUCCUUCACUGCCUGACAGGUCCUCCACCUAGUGCCAGGAUGCCAUGAAAUCAGUGGGCGCAUCUCUCUAGUCAUCCCUACUCUACCCAGAACUUGUGUCUGGAAUGGUCAGUGCCAGAGGGUCAGGGACUUCUGUACAUUAUGCAGAGGUUAUGCUCAUUGUGUCCCCACCUCAACUGCUGUGCUCACCUAUGUGGUCACUGCUGGCACUUCUGGAUGGGUGGGCCCAAUUUGGAAGGGCCGUAAAUAUUUUAGGCCAUCCAAUAAUGGUUCUGGAGCCAGGGUACUGAGUGGAGAGGGCACACUUGCCAUCUCCUGGCACUUGUUACUGUUGUGCACUGAAGGGCCUCUCCAUUGGACACCACCUCCCUUGUCUACUACUGGGUAAUGAGGGACAAAGGAUGGAGUAUUAUAUGGAUUCUUCCAGACUCCAGCCUGGACAUGAUGCUCUUUCUUAACAGUAACUGCAGGCCAGAGACUUCUACCUUAAAUCUCCUUCAGUAUUUGAGUCUGCACAGCUAUGUUCCUAGAUCAGGGGCUGGUGAACCCGGUCCAAGACCUGGUUUUGUGUGGCGCUGAGGCCAUAAAACUGGAUGUUUUGAAUGCCUACCAAGCAGACCAGAUGUUUUGAAAUAUUCUGUCCUCUUUUAAAAAAUACCUUUUUAUUGAUUUCAGAGAGGAAGGGAGAGAAUAGAAGUAUCAGUGAUAAGAGAGAAUCAUCUAUUGGCUGCCUCCUGCACACUCCACACUGGGGAUUGUGCCCACAACCUAGGCAUGUGCCCUAGUUCAUAGGUUGAUGUUCAACUUGAGCCCCGCUGGCCCACCUCUACUUUUAUGCAAUAUUCCCCAAUUUGGGCUUCAGUAAAUACCAACUCAUUUUAAGGAUUUCCAGCACUGUUUAAGAAUAGGUUUUAAAAUACUUUGGACUUCCCUUAUUGAGUCAAUAAAUUAAACCCAUAAUU